UGUCAUCACAAUGCGUCAGGAUUAGAGGUCCUGUUAAUAAUAUUUGUUUCGUCUCCACAGGAACCAGGAUGCAGCGUCCCCGGUGGUUGCUAGGAUCAUGUCUAUGGUUGCUAUGCUCCACAGAGGUGUGGAUGGCGACCUUUAAGCUGGCUCUGAUUGGACCAUGGUCAUGUGACCCCCUUUUCUCCCGCGCUAUGCCGACUGCAGCUGCCAACCUGGCGUUGUCACGGUUACGGAGUGACACCGGGCUGAGCAGAGGCUACUGGUACGACGUGAAGCUAUUGGACGAGGACUGCUCCGCCUCCAAAGCACUGACAGAACUCGGGGACAUGGAGGGUUAUGGACACGCUUACAUCGGCCCCUUUAGCCCCGCCCUCUGCCAUGCUGCCUCUUUAUUGGCUCAGCACUGGGAGGCGGGGCUUGCCUCUCCAGGCUGUCUGGGUGCUGAUUGGCCCAACCUGCCGCCCCUCCCACAGCCCAGCAGGGUGCUCUUCAGCGUGCUCCGGUUCUUCCGCUGGGCGCACGUGGGCGUCAUCUCAGCUCCAACAGACCUUUGGGAGAGCACCGGACAGGAAGUGGCCUCGGCGCUCCGAGCACUAGGGCUGCCCAUUGGUCCGGUAGUUACCAUGGAAACCAAUAAAAACGGCGGCGCUCAGGAGGCUCUGCGAGCGAUCAGAGUGGCGGACAAGGUCAAAGUGGUCAUCAUGUGCAUGAGCUCUGUUCUGAUUGGUGGAGAGGAUCAGCGGGAGCUCCUGCUGACGGCUCUGGAUAUGGGGAUGGUUGCCGACGGUUACGUGUUCAUCCCAUACGACGCGCUGCUGUACGCCAUGCCGUACCAGGACAUAGCAUUUCCUCAGCUGACCAAUAGCACGAAGCUCCGCCACGCUUACAGCUCAGUCCUCACCGUUACCAUGGCGUCCGACCAGAGCUUCUACGAAGCCUUCAGACAGGCGCAGAUCAACCGUGAGAUCCGGACAGCUGUAUCUGCCACCGAGGUGUCUCCAAUCUUCGGCACCAUCUUUAACAUGGUGUACUUCGUUGCUAAGGCGGUGGAGGAGCGUCGUCAGGCAGGGGGUGGGCAUUGGGUGACAGGCAACCAGCUCAUCCAAUCAGAUGGAGGCUUUGAUUUCCAGGGCUUCAAUCAGGUGGUGUACGGAGGUAAAGAGGGGCGGGGCAUGCAGGCCAAGUACGUGGUGUUGGACAGCGAUGGAGACAGAUUUGUGCCGACACACACUCUCGCUCCGACACACAUACACGGGCCGGUCGGAAGCCUGAAACCUCUGAGUCACACCUUCAUCUUCCCUGGAGGAAAACCCCCCUCCGCCAGCUUCUGUUGGUUCAGUCCAGAGGAGGCCUGCAGUGGGGGUCUGGAAACGGUGUCCAUGUUCUUUGCCUUCCUGCUGCUCUGCGCUUUGAUUGGAGCUUUUAUCUACUGGAUAAAGAAGUACAAAAGAAAAGCAAGCAUCACCAAACUCAUCCUGACUCUGGACGACAUCGUCUUCAUCGACACUCAAGUCAGCAGAAAGAAAAUGAAUGACGAGUCGAUCAUGCGGAGUCUCCUGGAUUUCAAAACUCCGCUCCGCUCGAUUGCACGGAGUUACAUCCUGUCCUCACCUGAAAACUCUAACAUUGGAAUUCUGGAGGGUGACUUUGUUUGGCUGAAAAAGAUUCCUGUUGGACAUACAUUGACAUCCGUCAAUAAAAGCACAGAGAAUCUGUUCAGUCAGCUGCGGGAGAUGCGGCAUGAGAACAUAAACCUGUAUGUGGGUCUGUUCGUGGAUGUGGGGCUCUUCUCCCUGGUGGUGGAGCACUGUCCCCGGGGCAGCCUGUCCGACCUGCUGGCUGACGGAGACAUCAGGCUGGACUGGAUGUUCAAGUCCUCGCUGCUCAUGGACCUGAUUAAGGGGAUGAAGUACCUUCAUCUUCGAGGUUUGAGUCACGGCCGUCUGAAGUCCACUAACUGUUUAGUGGACGGACGAUUCGUCCUGAAAAUCACAGACUACGGACUUCCCAUGAUCCUUCACUCUCAGGGCCUCAGCCUUCAAGAAGACCCGCAAGAGCUGCUGUGGACGGCCCCUGAGCUCCUGAGGAAUCCGGUUCGAGGCGGUUCUUUCUCUGGAGACGUUUUCAGUUUCUCUAUCAUCAUACAGGAAGUGAUCUCACGCUCGCCGCCGUACGCCAUGAUGGACAUGCCUCCUGAGGAGAUCCUGCAGCGUCUGAGGCAGCCCCCCCCCCUCUGCCGGCCCCAGGUGUCGAUGGACGAGGCUCCGAGCGAGUGUCUCAGUCUGAUGAACGAGUGCUGGAGCGAAGAGCCGGGCAAGAGGCCCACCUUUGACGAGAUCUUCAAACAGUUCCGGGGCAUCAACAAGGGGAAGCGUGCGAACAUCAUCGACUCCAUGCUGCGGAUGCUGGAGCAGUACAGCUCCAACCUGGAGGAUCUGAUCAGGGAGCGCACCGAUGAGCUGGAGGUGGAGCGCAGCAAGACAGACAAGCUGAUUGGACAGCUGCUGCCAAAGUCCGUGGCUCAAUCUCUGAAGAAGGGGAAGCCGGUGCAGCCCGAGCAUUACUCUGACUGCACGCUGUACUUCAGCGACAUCGUGGGGUUUACUACCAUCUCCGCUCUCAGUGAACCCAUCGAGGUGGUGGACCUGCUCAAUGACCUCUACACGAUGUUUGAUGCCAUCAUUGGCUUGCACGAUGUGUACAAGGUAGAGACCAUCGGAGACGCCUACAUGGUGGCGUCAGGCGUCCCCAACAGGAACGGGAAUCUACACGCAGGCGAGGUGGCCAACAUGUCUCUGGACAUCCUGCACUGCAUGGGAGCGUUCAAGAUCAAACACAUGCCGGAGAUCAAGGUCAAGAUCCGCAUUGGACUGCACUCAGGUGCGCUUGUGGCAGGUGUGGUCGGCCUGACGAUGCCCAGGUACUGUCUGUUUGGAGACACCGUGACCACAGCUUCAAUAAUGGAGUCGUCUGGACUGCCCUACAGGAUCCACAUCAGUCUGAGCACAGUGAAGGUCCUGACCAGCCUCAAAGUGGGAUACCACAUCGACACCAGGAAGGCUCAGGUGAAGGGCACGGUGGACACGUACUGGCUGAUGGGUCGAGAUGGUUUCGAUAAACCACUUCCUGUUCCUCCAGACCUCAUUGGAGGAGCCAGUAACCAUGGGAUUAGUUUGGAUGAGAUUCCUCCUGACAGACGACAAAAGUUUCUGGACCGACAGAAGAAGGCAGCGAAGAAAUAAACACACAAGCUGAGACCCGCCUGUCUGCCUGGCGCAUCAACACACACACACACACACACACACACACACACA